AGGGAUUUGAGUUGCAUUUCGCUCCCCCAGACCUGGAGCGGGAUUCCCGAGGUGAUCUGGGCUCUGAUGGACUUCAGGGGCGAAGCGAGCAUCCGCUGGGAGCCGGCCCCGAGCAGCCCUCUGCCCGCGGCUGCGUGGGCGGCCGCCACGAGAGAGAGCGCGCGUGGGGCGGCGGGCGCGCGCGUGUGCGGGCGGGGGCGGGGGGCGCGCGCGGGCGGCGGGCGCGAGGCAUCUCCGGCAGCCGCUCCGGGACGCUUGAGCAUCGCGCUCUGCUGCGCUGGGGGGCGCUGUCACCCCAGACCAACAACUGGAGUCUUUUGGGUCCGGGUAAUCCUCCACCAGAACGCCCCCUGGGACACACACACACCCCGCCCCCCAGCGCCUUUUGCCAAAGGAAACCUGAAGAAAAAAACAAUGUGGUUGCUAUGUUACGGCCGCUGCAAGACAAAACCCCAGGCCCCCCUGCCCCUCUCAGAGAGCUGCUUUGCUAGCCUCACCCGCUGCGGCCAUGCACCCUUCGGGCCAGUCUACUGUCCACCUCUGCACCGAAGCCGGGUCAGCCACUACCCACCCCAGUCGUCCACUCGGUUCCUCCCUUCCCCGCAUCCUCCCGCAGCGAAGCAAAGUUUGAGAAUCAUGGCUGCAGGAAAAUUUGCCAGCCUUCCCAGAAACAUGCCUGUGAAUCACCAGUUUCCGCUGGCCUCGUCCAUGGACCUUCUGAGCAGCAAGUCACCUCUCGCUGAGCGUAGAGCAGAUGCCUAUCAAGACGUGUCUAUACACGGCACCCUUCCCCGGAAGAAAAAAGGCCCUCCGCCCAUAAGGUCCUGUGAUAGCUUCGGUCACGUGGGGACCCUCCCCCAUUCCAGAUCACCACGGCACAACUCCCCACUGACCCAGGAUGUCAUCCAGGAGCACUCGCCACAAGACUGGAAAGCCGAUACCUUCACUUUCAGGGACCAGCAGUUUCUGGAUCCAACUCUGGAAUAUGUGAAGUUCUCCAAGGAGAAGGAGAGGCACAUGAUGGACAGGACCCCUGAAAGACUGAAGAAGGAGCUGGAGGAGGAGCUGCAGCUGAGCAGUGAGGACCUGCGCAGCCACGCCUGGUACCAUGGCCGCAUCCCCAGACAGGUGUCAGAAAACCUCGUGCAGCGAGAUGGUGACUUCCUGGUUCGUGACUCUCUGUCCAGCCCCGGAAACUUCGUCCUGACCUGUCAGUGGAAGAACCUCGCUCAGCACUUCAAGAUCAACCGUACUGUCCUGCGGCUCAGUGAGGUCUACAGCCGCGUGAAGUACCAGUUUGAGAUGGAGAGUUUCGACUCCAUCCCAGGCCUGGUGCGGUGCUACGUGGGCAACCGUAAGCCCAUCUCCCAGCAGAGUGGGGCCAUCAUCUUCCAGCCCAUUAACCGGACAGUGCCGCUGCGGUGCCUGGAGGAGCGCUACGGCACCUCCCCGGGCAGGGCCCGCGAGGGCAGCCUCACAGAGAGCAGGCUGGACGUGACCAAGAGGCUGAGCCUCACCAUGCGAGAGCAAAAUGCAUCCCGGGGGAACCUCCUCAGAAACAAAGAGAAGAGUGGCAGUCAGCCCGCCUGCCUGGAUCUCAUGCAGGACAGAAGAGCGCUGUCCCUCAAAGCCCACCAGUCGGAAAGCUACUUGCCAAUUGGCUGCAAGCUGCCCCCUCAGUCACCAAAUGUGGACACAAGUCCCUGCCCAAACUCACCUGUUUUCAGGACGGGCAGUGAGCCUACCCUGAGCCCAGCGGUGGUUCGGAGGGUCUCCUCAGAUGCUAGAGCAGGGGAGGCACUGAGGGGCUCAGACAGCCAGCUGUGCCCCAAGCCACCCCCUAAACCCUGCAAGGCACCCUUCCUCAAGACUCCCCUGUCUUCAUCCCCCUGGCUCAACUCAGAGGCCAACUACUGUGAACUGAGCCCAGCCUUUGCCGCAAGCUGUGACAUGGGAGCCCGGCCACCCUUCUGUGCCCAGGACAGCUAUGUGGAGCUGCUGACAUCCAAGCAGAAAGGGGGGCCAGGCCCCCGGAACUCUGGCACCAACUACUUGAUCCUUGAUGAUGAUGACGGGGAAAGGCCUGGUGGGUUGCCAUCAGCAUUGCAGAGAAGCAAGGAGCAGGAGGACAAGGAUGAGUUUGUGCCGCCCCUCCUGGAGAAUGUCUCUUCAUUCCGGCCCAAUGACUUUGAGUCAAAGCUCCUUCUUCCGGAGAACAAGCCCCUGGAGACAGCCAUGCUGAAACAUGCGAAAGAACUGUUCACUAACAAUGACCCCAAGGUUAUAGCCCAGCACAUGCUGAGUAUAGACUGCCAGGUUAUUAGGAUACUUGAAGUCUCUGAGGAGAUGAGGAGGAACAUGGGUGUGAGCUCAGGGCUGGAGCUCAUUACCCUGCCUUAUGGGCACCAGCUGCGCCUGGAUAUCAUUGAGAGGCACCACACCCUGGCCAUUGGCAUUGCAGUGGACAUUCUGGGCUGCACGGGCACUUUGGAGGAACGGGCAGCCACCCUCAAUAGAAUCAUCCAGGUGGCAGUGGAACUGAAAGAUGCCAUGGGGGACCUCUACUCUUUCUCAGCCAUCAUGAAAGCACUGGAAAUGCCACAGAUCACAAGGUUAGAAAAAACAUGGACAGCCCUGAGGCACCAGUAUACCCACACUGCCAUCCUCUAUGAGAAACAGCUGAAACCCUUCAGCAAAGUCCUGCAUGAAGGGAAAGAGUCCACUUAUGUCCUGCCAAACAAUGUAUCAGUCCCACUGCUGAUUCCUUUUGUGAUCUUAAUGGAGCGCCAGGGUGUCACUUUUGAAGGAACUGACAUGUGGGAGAAGAAUGAUCAAAGCUGUGAGAUCUUGCUAAACCAUUUGGUAACAGCCCGGCACAUGGCAGAGGCUGCAGACAGUUACCAGAAGAAUGCUGAGAGGAUCCUGGAAGGUUUUCAACCCGAUGAAGAAAUGAGUGAAAUCUUAAGGACUGAAUUUCAGAUGCGAUUGCUGUGGGGAAGCAAAGGUGCACAAGUCCAACAGGCAGAGCGAUAUGAGAAAUUCAGCCAGAUUCUAACUGUCCUCUCACGUAAACUGGAGCCUCCUCCUGUGAAGCAGGCAGAGCUCUGAAUUCUCCAGAAAAAUUUAGGAUCUUAUUGGAGCUCCUUAAAGUUUUUUCUUUGGGGAAGCUUAUUUGAAAAAGCAAUGUGCAAAUCUGAGAUCCACAGCUCAUCAGACAUGUAAACUGCAUAGAGCCCACUUAUUUAUGAAAAAAAAUACUGAUUUUUAAAUGAAUAAUUUAUUGUUAAGGUAACUGUUGCUAAUGUGGAUCAGCAUAUUUAAAAUAAGACCUAGCUAUGCUGGAUGAUUAUAUUAUCAGAAUAUUUAACCACUUUAGUUUUAACUCCAUGUCAGAUAAGUGUAAAUAGAAGAGCACGAAAUAUUUCAAAAGGUAUCAGUUGUAUGAUAUUCUUUAAAUAAAUAUGAAAAAUGUAAAUAGUCUUCUGAAAAUAGAUCUUUUUUGAAAUAACUGUA